GAAGGGAUGGCAGGGUAACGGAGUUCGAGAUCACCUGCAGCAUUGCUGCAAUAAGCAGACGUCCAUCCCAGCCACUGCAACUCGAACUACACAGAGGAGCGGAUCUCUUUCUCUUUACGGCACGUUUCCUCCUCAGGUAGGUCUAGAAGCCAUCAGGAGUCGGCAUCUACUCGUCGGAUUCCAUGGCGGUCCUCAGGAGGGAAGCCACUGGCCAGGCUAGAUUGGCAGGAUCAUUCAUAGGAUGCCUUGGAAUAAUUCUGCUUGGUUUUGUCAUUCAGUCCCUUGCAGUCCCUACAGAUGAGAGCAACUCCUUAUGGAAGGUGACUACGGCUGCUCAGAAUGAAGAAACAGGAACUGGCAUCGUGAGCAGGCAUCUUGGAGAUGAUGGGUAUGGCGACGAGUACGGCAAAGGGUACUACAGGGAUGGCAAAUCUGGUUAUGACAAGUACUACAGUCAGAAGAGCUACCAUGGUAAGGAAGACAAGGACGUGUACUUCAAGAAGCACAGUGACAAGAAAUACAACGAAAAAACGUACGAAAAGAAAUACGGCGAUCACAAGUACGACGAGAACAAGAAAUACGAGGAGGACAAGAAGAAGUAUGAGAAGUACGGUGAUUAUGACAAGCAUGAUGAUGGUAAGAAGCAUGGCGAGUACUAUAACGAUUACAAGGAGAAGAAGCAGGGUGGCAAGAAGUACGAUGCAAAGAAGUACAGUGUAAAGUACCAUGAGAAGAACUACCACGACAACAAGUACGAAGAGAAGAAGUACAAGGACAAGGAAUAUGACAAGAAGGAUGACGAGAAAUAUGGCGAGAGCAAAUACGGCAAAGAGUAUGACAACAAGUUUGAUGACGACAAAUACAAAGGAGAGAACUUCGGAGUGAAGUACAUGGAGGAGUAUGGUAGGAAAUACAACCGUUACGAUAAGAAGAAGUAUGGUUACGGUAGCAAUUACAACAAGAAAUACUACGGAAAGAAAAAGUAUUACAACAAGUAUGAUAGGUAUGGCAAGAAGUAUUAUAAGUACGACAACAAGUAUGGCAGGAAGUUUGGGAGGAAGGGUUAUUACAAGGACUAGGGCAAGAAGAAGGAUGAGAUGAGAAGGGGCAUGAUGAGAAGCAGUACAACACCCAGCAGUACGAUCACAGAAGUAUGACAACGAGAGCUAUGACGAGAAGUACGCUGAUAUGGAGUACAAGAGUAACAGCUGUAACUAGAGGUGAAUGAGCAAUCAUUCAAUUAAAACUUACAAAAGAUUACGCUUUCCGAAAAUUAUUGCCAUUGCCAUGCACGGGAAGUUUGACCAGAAGAGACAAAAUACGUAGAGUGAAAAAUCUGAGUUCAUGCACGCACUGCAUGAGGAUUUACUUUCCUAGAGGAUCCAACGUAGAAGCAUUAUUAAUCGCAAAGUUUACCAGCUCUGUUCUGGGGCUCCCACCGUGGCCAAUUAUGCAAUAUGGUGAGAAAACUUGUAGUGCACUAAGGAGCAUCUACCACAGUCACUCUCCAAACUGGAGCAUUAAGCCCCACAGGUAGGUCAGUGGGUUGCAGGUGGUUUGCAAUAAAAAAGCAGAAUUCAA